AUGAUUUUAAAGGCUUGCGAAGAAGGACUUUGGUUAAAAAAGACAAAAAAGUAUCAAGAGAAUGUACUUCAUGUUGCAAGUAAAAAAGGAAAUCUUAAUCUUGUCAAAUCACUUAUUGAAUGUGACUCUGAUAAAGAAGCAAAGGAUAAAUAUGGAUAUACUCCACUCAUUCGGGCAUCAUCUAAUGGUCAUCUUGAAGUUGUUAAAUAUCUUAUCUCUGUUGGAGCAGAUAAAGAAGCAAAAACUAAUAAUGGAUAUACUCCACUCAAUUCUGCAUCAUAUAAUGGUCAUCUUGAAGUUGUUCAAUAUCUUAUCUCUGUUGGAGCAGAUAAAGAAGCAAAGACUAAUAAUGGAUAUACUCCACUCAUUCGGGCAUCAUCUAAUGGUCAUCUUGAAGUUGUUAAAUAUCUUAUCUCUGUUGGAGCAGAUAAAGAAGCAAAGGCUAAUAGUGGGAGUACUGCACUCUCAGUUGCAAAGAAUAAUGUAAGAAAUUUUCUAAUAUCUAUUGGAGCCAAGUAA